GCUGCCUGUCAUCGCCAUGACAACACAUGAAUAUCGACAAAUCAAAUGAAAAGUCGGUGAGAGUGCACGUUGAACAACUUAUUCGCGAAAUAAAUACGUAUGAGUUUUUAAGCAAACAAAAUGUCUUACCUGUGCCUUGGUCCAAUGAGUGCGGGAAAAACGCUUCUCCUCACCUGCCUGCAGAAGCCCGAUUCCGUCAACUUUACCUCCCAUUCCGUACCGAGCGUGGGAACAAACCUGUACACGAUCAAAAUACCACCUAUCGUUAUUGACGAAAAGGAUGUAAAUCAAAAGAUUCCGCCACCGGGCAAGCGGAAGGAACUGGUGCAGGUGCGCGAGGUUGGCGGUUGUCUGGCCCCCAUUUGGCGCGACUAUCUGGUUAGCCCGGUCGAGAAGCUCAUCUACGUGGUGGAUACCUCUAAUCUGUGUCAAAUAUCAGCGGCUGGUGUGCUUCUGUAUUCCAUGCUAGCAGAGCCACGGUUGCAAAAGACGAAAUUUUUGCUCGUUCUUUCCAAAAUGGAUCUGGCCUAUCGGCAGAUGCGUAACGAGGCGCUGCUCAUGCUGCAGAUGGAAAAGUUUCAAAAACAAAUUCCCCAGAACAUCACGAUCGUGCAGUUCAGUGCAAUUACGAAGGAAGGGAUCGACGAAGUAUACGACUGGUUGGCAAUGAAUUAAGGAAUAAAUGUUCCUGCUACCAGGAAACAGCUCCCCCCAAAUCGUUUGCAACACAGACUACAUGGAAAUCGUGUAAGCCUUUAAAACGAAUAGCUUUUAGAAACAUAAAUUCAGAUUUAGAUGAAGUUUACUACAAUGAAACAUAUUAACAAAUGGUGCGGUUUUUAAAUAAACACGUGCGAAUUAUAAGUGAUUUUCCGAGCGUGGGGAAUAUCAUUCCCCCUUAAACUUAAUCACCAAUAAUUUGUACAAUUAGAACCGUCAGAAUAAGAAUGACUAAGUUUUUGCUUUUAAAAAGCCCUCUACAAACUGUUAAUUUUGAAUUUGUUUGAAAACUACACUCGGCACACACAUAAAAACACAAACGUAAACAGCCCAAUGUCGACUCGUCUAACC